CACACGCAAAAACAAACCUGUCGCAAUUUGCAUCACAACUCUCGCCCAAGCCAACAAAAUGCUGCCAAUCUUCUUCCCUCCAUACAAAGAUUUUGGUACUCCCUUCCCGAUAUAAAUACGACAACACUCCUCCCCAAUCCACUCACCACUCUCCACUCUCCACUCUCCACCUAUUUCUUCACUUUUAAUCCUCCCCCCAAAAUUUAAAAAAACUAAAUUAACAGUCAACCAUGGUCAACACAAUCCUCGACGCUCUCAACGUCCGCGUCGUCGGCUCAGGCGACAGGUACGUCGUUUUCGCCCACGGCUUCGGCACCGACCAGUCCGCCUGGCAGCGCAUUCUCCAGUUCUUCACGCCUUACUACCGCGUCAUUCUCCACGACCUCGUCUGCGCCGGCAGCGUCAACCCGGACUACUUCGACUUCCGCCGUUACACCACCCUCGACGCCUACGUCGACGACCUCCUCAACAUUCUCGACGCCCUCGGCGUCAACCGCUGCGCCUAUGUUGGUCACUCCGUCUCCGCCAUGAUCGGCAUCCUCGCCUCCAUCCGCCGCCCCGAACUCUUCUCCAAGCUCGUCCUCAUCGGCGCUUCCCCAAGGUUCUUGAACGAUGGAGAUUACCAUGGAGGAUUCGAGCAAGAGGAAAUUGAGAAAGUGUUUUCUGCAAUGGAGGCGAACUACGCGGCGUGGGUCAGCGGCUUCGCGCCGCUAGCCGUCGGGGCUGACGUUCCGACGGCGGUCCGAGAAUUCAGCCGGACCCUGUUCAACAUGCGACCGGACAUCUCACUUUUCGUGUCUCGGGCCGUGUUCAACAGCGAUUUGAGGGGGGUUUUGGGGCUGGUGCGGGUGCCGUGCUGCAUAAUCCAGACCUCGAAGGACGUGUCCGUACCGGGGUCGGUGGCGAACUACCUGAGGGACCACCUGGGCGGGCGGAACACGGUGGUGAUGCUGGAGACGGAGGGGCACUUGCCGCAUCUGAGCGCGCCGGGUCUGCUGGCUAGGAAGCUCCGCCACGCCCUUGCGUCGUAGAUGGGUCCCAACGGAGGGCCAGGAGGGGAGGAGGCGGGGUCGAGAGAGGACGAAAAUAGCAAUAAGGAUGGAGACGGCGACACGUGGUCUAAUAAGCUACGGACGUUAGUCCUUUCCGAGCGAAAAUAGUUUUGGAUUUAUGUGAUGUACGCAGGAAGGAUAAGAAUCUCCACGUGAAUGUCACGUGAUGACGUAACCUUCUUUUGUCAAAUGGCAUUGGCCCAAAUAAAUCCUUUUAUUUUUGUCUUCCA